AUGCGCUUCCUCUUGAUCUGUUUCCUCGCCACAAUCCUCCCAGCAAUCUCUGUCCUCGGGCAAAGAGGUGGCCGUGGAGGCGGCCGGGGCGGAUUCAACCGCCCAGGUGGAAACUUCCCCAACACCUUUGUCACUGCAGCCCGCCCUGCACCAACUCAAGGUGCGGGUGCAAAUCCUGCCGCCGCUCCCAACAAUGCUCCUGCUGGAGGUGCUGGAGGUGGGGGGGCGGGUGCUGUUCAGGCUUCCCUGAUCCCCCCAUUUGGGAUCACGGCUGGCGUUCGAUCCAGCGACGGCACAGCGAACUGUGUUGGGGACAACAACGUCAACAUCCCGUGCGAUUGCCCACCACCUUUGAACACUUUUGUCAACGCCGUGGCAGACUCUGUGGCUCGUGGAGCUGGGUUUCCCUCAGGCAAUUCCGCAGCGGACCAGCUUGCACGGCUUCAAACCUGCAUCGUGACAUUGCAAAACUUCCGUGGAGGGCCUGGUAGUGGCGUUGGGUGUCCUAUUGUCAGCACGACUUGGAGAGGCCUUCAGACUCGACUGCAGUCUGAAAUAUGAUAUGAACCGAAACGUAGAUAUGCCUUGAAAUGCCUCUGAAUAUGCCGUACCGACCAUAUCUUCUCAUUUUGACUCGGCUGAAAGGCCUCUUCACAUUACCUCGCAAUCAAUACGAGCCAGACUCAGGCAU